CGAGCGAUCAAGCCGAAAACACUCUCCAAGUUCCAGAUGGCUGCCUCCACGCAUAACAUGAAGUAUCGUUUCCUGGGCAACACCGGCUUGCUGGUAUCCCGACUGUCAUUCGGCAGUUGGGUGACCUUCGACAAUCAGUUGGACUUCGAGAAGGCCUACAGCAUUAUGGAGCACGCCUACAAGAAUGGCGUCAACUUCUUCGACAACGCUGAGGUGUACGCCAACGGUCAGUCAGAGCUCAUCAUGGGCAAAGUGGUGAAGGCUGGUAUCGAGCGUAAGGUGUGGGAGCGCGAAGACCUGGUGAUCAGCACCAAGCUCUUCUUCGGCACCAAGUCUGGCCCCAACGACGUGGGCAACAGCCGCAAGCAUAUCGUGGAGGGCAUGAAGGCGUCGCUCAAGCGCUUCGACCUGGACUACGUGGACCUGGUCUUCUGCCACCGACCGGACCCUGCCACCCCCAUUGAGGAGACCGUGCGUGCCAUGAACUUCAUCAUUGAGCAGGGCUGGGCUUUCUACUGGGGCACCAGCGAAUGGUGUGCCAAGGACAUCAUCGAGGCGUGCGAGAUCGCCGACCGGCUCGGUCUGAUCCGCCCCGUGUACGACCAGCCACAGUACCACAUCCUCGAACGCUCUCGUGUUGAGUACGACUUCGACGUGCUGUACAAGAAGUACAACUACGGCCUCACCACGUGGUCUCCGCUGGCGUCGGGUAUUCUCACGGGUAAAUACAGCAAGGGCAUUCCGGAGGGCUCGCGCCUGUCCAUGCCGUCGUACAAGCAGAUGCUAUCAAACGGUCUUGAAGAGAAGGUCGCUAAGGCCGACAAGCUCGCUGAAGUGGCCAAGGAGGUGGGCUGCUCGCUGGCGCAGCUGUCGAUUGCCUGGGUGGCGGCCAACCCACACGUGUCCACGGUGAUUCUUGGUGCUACCAGCAUCAAGCAGCUGGAUGAGAACUUGAAGGCUAUGGAGUUCGUGGACAAGAUUACGCCUGAGUUGCGCGAGAAGAUUGACGCUAUUGCCGACUUUAAGGCAAAGCUUGUGCCGCAGGCUGAGCCCCAUGUGAUUAACCUGCGCCAGAAGUGGUUGUAAAUGUUGUUUGUGGCAGAUACGUUGUUGAGUCUUCAACGAAGCUCAGCAAAUGUGGAUUGCACUUGAGACAGCAACAACUUUUGCUGUUCAGUCGCCCCGAGAAAAUAUAAGACAGAGAUUUUCCUCUUC